AUCAUCAACAGAUUAAUGAUGCAGCUGAUUAAAAUUAUUUUAUGCUGCUGUUGCGUAUUUACUGGUCACUUUUCAAAUGGAAGCAGCAUUAACAGUUCAGAAAUCAAAUCACACCUUAUCAAUCAUACGAUGGAAUUGAUUGAUAGAAGUUUUGCAAAUAAUUCUAACCCACUGAUAAUAUCUUCUGACUUGGUUGAUGACCAAGUGGCAAGCAAGAGUAUUGAUAAUGGAAGUCCGCUGAUUGUCAUAAAUCAUGAUCAGAGACGGAAGCAAAUCGAAGGAUAUCUUCUCAGCUAUCCUACGUACAUCCUCAGAUUUGAAUCUCUGCAGAAACUGGCACCACUUAUUUUUGGGUUCAUGGGCUCAACAAUCUGGAAUAUAAAGUCGCCAAUUUUCAUUCUUGACAUUUCUGGAGGGACGCAUGAUAGAAACGCUUCUAUGGUUCUUAGUUUCCUUGGAAGUAUCGAUAUAUUGGUAUCGUACUAUGUCUGUUAUGAUGACGACAAAGAUUCAACCAUGCUCUACACUCUGAACCCUUACACACAAUACGCUCCGUCACCUUGGAAUCAAGUUAAAUUUCCAAAUGCAAACAGCAGUAGUAAAACAAAGUCAGCACUAUACAGUCUGCAGUACCCCAAAGAUUUGAAGAACAAUUAUAAUAAUAUUCAUUUUGACAAAACUGAGCACUUAGAUGGUCAUGAAAUAAAAUUGUUGGCAUAUAUCAUUCAAAAAAAUGUACCCGAGCAGUACAAACAGAGACGUAUUAUUGAGUACAUGAAAUCUGUUGAAAAGUUCAAAGACAGCACAUUGAAUUCAUUAUCUGAUUAUAUGAAAGUAACAGCAUCACUUCAACUCUCCGAAAUAAAUUCUGAUUUUUUAAUUAUAGAUGGGGGUUUUGACAAGAAACUUUUCAAUCGUCAGUAUGAUGCAAAAAAUCGCAUGAACCAAUUAGCUGAUACAAAUCCUAGAUUUACUGAUUUUGUGACAGAGUAUCAUCAAAUGGACUUUUCAAUUCUGACGAAGAAAACAAAUUAUUUGACGGCAGUCACUGAAAUUCACAUAAAUUUUCAGUUUAUCCUCAUCACACUCUUGGUGUUGUUCUUGAUUGCACUAUUCAUAAUCAUGAACAAUAAAUUUAACGUAAGCAGAGGAAUCAUGGACAUUGUAAGUAUGUCACUGAACAUGGGGAUAAUAUCUCCAAUGGGACGUCUUUCGAUGAAGAUCAUUUAUUUCUUUGGAUUUUUAUUCAUUUUUGUGGUGAUGCCCGAAUUCCAAGGACAAAUUUCGGCCAUUCUAUCCCAACCUGCAAGACGCAAUGUCGAAACCCUAAAGGACUUAUUUGACAACAAAUACCACGUGUUUUACGAUGGGGCAUUGACACUCGACAUGAUUAACGAAAAAUUGUGGGUGACCGAAGAGGACCAGAAAUAUUUGCAUCCAUCGGGUCCUCAUGAUCGGUACAAAUGUAUGAUAGAGGCCCAACAAAAUUCGACCAUCGGUUGUAUUGACUUAACUGCAAACCAACUCCACGACGUCUUGAAGUUUCAAAAUCUUCAUGUGUCAAAGGAAGUCACGUUUAAGAAAUAUUUUGUGUAUUGGACAAAGAAGAACUGGGCGCUGAAGGACAAAAUUGAUAAAGUCCGUUCGAUACCGGUGGAAAUCGGAUUAAUUUACCAUAGCGAUGAAGAGAUAACAAAAAACCUAAGGAAAAAAAUAGAAAAGAUGGAGAAAAUCAAAGAAGCUGAAAAUUAUGAACGGAUCGACUUUGAUAACUUGGUGUUUUAUGUAAUUGUUUUUGCGUCUACUUUGCUGUGGAGCUUGGUCAUUUUUGGAAUUGAACUUCUUGUCUCCCACAUUCGCUGUAAAUAUCUAAGACGAGAAAAGGAGCAACGACUGUUCAUUGAGAGAUUGAGAGCACAACCACGGAAUAUUUUAUCCCCGGGUCGAAUAGUUCCGUCAACUUCUCGCGUGUGA